AUGGUCUUCGGCGCCCAUCCCGACAGGAUCAGCAUGCUCUUCUUCCUCUCGUACGUCAAGGCGGCGGGCGGGCUGGUGCAGCUCCUCGAGACCCGCGGCGCGGCGCAGGACUCGACCCUGCGGGGCGGGGCGCAGCAGCUCAGCGAGCGGCUCCGCGGGGCGGUCGAGGCGGCGGGUGGGGAGGUUCGCCUCGGAGCGCAGGCCGAGCGAGUCGUGGCCGUCGGUCCCAGCGGCUCGCUCCUCGGGGUGGAGUGCCGCGGCGGCGGCCCGACCCUCCGAGCCCGGGCCGUCGUGGUCGCGCUCUCUCCCAAGGUUGCGCUCGAGAGCAUUUGCUUCGAGCCCCGCCUCCCCGAGCGCCGGCGGCAGCUCGUCGGGCAGCUCGCGCUUGGCGCCAAGUUCGUCCUCGUCUACGAGACGGCGUGGUGGCGCGGCGGCGGCCUCUCGGGCAGCAGCAUCUGCUCCGACGCGAGCGAGGAGUGGCCCAUCUUCGCCACGUUCGACUACGUGCACGAGGCGCACGGCGAGCAGCGGCGACUGCACGCGUGCGUCGGCCGCAUGCUUGCGAGCGGGCGCGACAGCGAGGCGGCGGCGCGCCCCCCGCAGUGCGUCGAGUUCCUCGAGAGGCAGUGGAGCGAGGACGGCUUCGCGCGCGGCUGCCCCGUCGACCUCGUCCCCGCCGGGCUGCAGCCGGCCGGCCCGCCCUCCUGGAACGUCGCGCUGGCGCGGCCGUGCGAGGCACGCCUCUUCUUCGCGUCCACGGACACGGCGACGAGCUGGACGGGGUACAUGGAGGGCGCAGUGCAGGCCGGCGGGCGCGCCGCGAAGGAGUCAAUUUCCACCGCACGCUGCAGCUUCCCUUGGAUGGCCGCCGCACGUUCGUGA